AUGAAACAAAAGAGGUAUAGCUUUAGUUUUCAACUAGAUGUCCAAAGUUCAUACACUGUCGGGUGGAUUGCCGUUCUGCGCUGCGAAUUGGUCGUGGCAAGGCUUCUCCUGGAUGAAGAACACCAGGCGCUUGACCAAGACGAAUCCGACGACAACAACUAUGUCCUUGGUAGAAUGGGAACACACAAUGUUGCCAUUGCAUUCCCUGGGGCAAGGAUAUAUGGAACCUACGGGGCUGGUCGAGCGGCAACUAAUAUGCUUCGAACUUUCCUUAACAUCAAAUUCGGCUUGUUGGUCGGUGUUGGAGGAGGUGUUCCAAAGCCACCGAAUGCUGAAGAUGCAUAUCAAGACAUCCGACUUGGCGAUGUCGUUGUUAGCCAGCCAAAUGAGGGCCAUGGUGGUGUUCUCGAAUUUGCCAUGGGAAAUUUGAAUAAUGACGAGAACAUCAAACCCAUGUCUCAUUUCGACAAACCUCCAGCACAUAUCUUGAAAGCAGUCAAGCUGCUACGAUCCGACCAUGACUUCGAAGUAGGCCAGAUGGUCACAUGUAUCGAAGAAGUCUCGGAAAGAGUGUCAAAUAUGCCAGUCUUGAAAGACUAUCAAUUUCCCGGACGGGAGCAUGAUCAACUCUUCAAAGCCAACUAUCCGCAUGGCCCGGGAGAGGAGGACUGUUCAAGUUGCGAUCCUGCACAGACUGAGCGGCGUCUUGACAGAGAUCUUCACGCCCCAGUAGUUCAUUAUGGUCUGAUUGCGUCCGGAGAUGCUGUCAUGCGAUCUGCCUUCUAUCGUGAUUGGUUGCGGGACGCAUGGGAUGUCUGCUUCUUUGAAAUGGAAGCAGCCGGACUGAUGAACAGCUUUCCUUGUCUUGUCAUUCGGGGUAUCUGUGAUUAUUCCGAUCACCAUAAGAACACAAUGUGGCAGCCAUAUGCUUCGCUAACAGCGGCAGCCUACGCAAAAGAUCUUUUGAGAAUAGUAAGGGGUAAGGAAACUGAAGACAUCUCCCGGUCGGACGAUACUAGCUUGCCCGGAUUCAAUAUGGACACACUGGGAGAAAAGAAUAGACUUUGA